AUUCACUCCUAAUCUCCAUUCCAUUUCAUAUCUUCUCCGAUCUCCAUUUCUGUAUCGCGUAGAAGAACAGGAUGGUGGUUGUUACUGCGGCUCGAGACUACAUCAAUCGCAUGCUACAGGACAUUUCUGGAAUGAAGGUCCUAGUUCUCGAUUCCAGCACGGUUAGUAUUGUGAGUGUGGUGUAUAGUCAGACUGAGCUUCUUAAGAAGGAAGUGUUUCUUGUGGAACUGGUGGAGUCUAUCUCUCUGUCCAAAGAACCAAUGUCGCAUCUCAAAGCAGUCUAUUUUCUGAGGCCAACAUCAGAGAAUAUUCAACACAUGCGUCGUCAACUUGCAAAACCUAGGUUUGGAGAAUACCACCUAUUUUUCUCAAACAUAAUGAAAGACACUCAGAUUCAUAUUUUAGCUGAUUCAGAUGAAAGUGAAGUGGUGCAGCAACUUCAGGAAUUUUAUGCAGACUUUGUUGCAGUUGACCCCCACCAUUUCACUCUUAAUAUCGCGUCAAAUCACAUGUACAUGCUUCCAGCAGUUGUCGAUCCCUCAGGUUUGCAGCGUUUUUGUGAUAGAGUGGUUGAUGGACUUGCUGCUCUUUUUCUUUCUUUAAAACAAAGGCCUGUUAUUCGAUAUUCACGGACAUCUGACAUUGCUAAAAGGGUAGCGCAAGAAGCAGCGAAACUGAUGUACCAGCAGGAAAGUAAUCUCUUUGAAUUCAGACGGCCAGAUGUUUCCCCUUUGUUGCUAGUAGUUGAUAGGAGGGAUGACCCUGUUACUCCGCUACUUAACCAAUGGACCUAUCAGGCAAUGGUUCAUGAAUUAAUAGGCAUCCAAGACAAUAAGGUUGAUCUUACAAGCAUUGGCAAUUUUCCUAAGGAUCAGCAGGAGGUUGUACUGUCAUCAGAGCAAGACACAUUUUUCAAAGCUAAUAUGCACGAAAACUUUGGAGACAUAGGAAUGAAUAUUAAACAGAUGGUGGACGAUUUCCAACAAGUUUCAAAAAGUAAUCAGAACAUCCAGACAAUAGAGGACAUGGUUAAAUUUGUAGACAACUAUCCAGAGUACAGAAAAAUGCAUGGCAAUGUUUCUAAGCAUGUAACCCUAGUUACUGAAAUGAGCAAGAUAGUUGAAGAAAGAAAAUUAAUGUUAGUCUCACAAACAGAACAAGAAUUGGCUUGCAAUGGUGGACAGGUUGCAGCAUUUGAGGCUGUAACAAAUCUGCUAAAUAAUGAGAGCGUUUCUGAUAUCGACCGGUUACGGCUUGUCAUGCUGUAUGCUUUGCGCUAUGAGAAAGAAAGCCCUGUUCAACUGAUGCAGUUGUUUAACAAACUGGCUUCUCGAUCUCCCAAGUACAAACCUGGGCUUGUGCAAUUUCUACUAAAACAAGCUGGAGUUGAUAAAAGAACUGGGGAUCUUUAUGGAAACCGGGAUUUUCUGAAUAUUGCCAGAAACAUGGCCCGUGGACUUAAGGGGGUUGAGAAUGUAUACACCCAGCAUCAGCCCCUUCUAUUCCAAACUAUGGAGAGCAUUACAAGAGGGCGACUGAGAGAUGUUGAUUACCCUCUUCUAGGGAAUCACUAUCAGCAAGGCAGGCCGCAUGACGUGAUAAUUUUCAUUGUUGGAGGGACCACAUAUGAGGAGUCACGUGCAGUUGCUGUACAAAAUUCUAUGGCAUCUGGCAUUCGUUUCAUACUUGGUGGCUCUACAAUUCUAAAUUCUAGGAGAUUUCUAAAGGACCUUGAAGAAGCCCAGAGGAUUGCUCGGACAAGCACCAACUUGGUGUAAACGACUCCGCACCAGGGCUUCUCGCCAAUUCAAAAAACGACGGUGCGUAAAAACAGGCAAGAAUCUGACUCUUCUUGCACAGUUGAUGGUUUGGUGUAAAGAAUGGCUUCUUCUGGUUAAUCAAAUUGGCAUUUGACAAUGAUAUUUGCACGUAUAUAAUGUUUAAGACAAGAAUCUCACAAAAAGGGCCUAAACCUGGUGAUCAAAGUUUUAUAGACACAGUAAAAAAAUGUAGGUUAAGGA